UCACUCUUACUCUCACUCUCACACCAACACAUAACCUCACCUCUGGUUCUGUGUUCCCUUGCAAGGAAUCAAAGAACCCAAAAAUUUACUAAAACAAAUUUAAAAAAAUCUCCAAUCCAUUUUCGUUUUUUCUUUUUUUGGAUUGUUUCGAAGAGAAUUGAAUUUUUUGCAGGAAAAAUGGCGGCUGCAAUGAUUUCUGCUCCGGCGGUGGCAAUGAGGGUGGUGGUUCCAGCUUUGAACGGUGUGCAAUCCGGGAAUGCCUCUUUGUACGUUGGUGAUCUUGAGAGGAACGUUGAUGAGGCGCAACUGUUUGAACUGUUUGGCCAAGUAGGCCAAGUGGUUUCAAUUAGGGUUUGUAGGGAUCUCACAAUGCGAUCUCUUGGAUAUGCUUACGUUAACUUUGUCAACCCCCAAGAUGCUGCUAAUGCCAUGGAACAUCUGAAUUUCACUCCUUUGAAUGGAAAAUCCAUCCGUGUUAUGUUUUCUAACCGAGAUCCUAGCAUUCGAAAAAGUGGAUAUGCAAAUGUGUUUAUCAAGAACCUUGACAUAUCAAUAGAUAACAAGGCAUUACAUGACACUUUUUCUGCCUUUGGAUUUGUACUCUCUAGUAAGGUAGCCGUUGAUAACAAUGGUCAAUCGAAAGGGUAUGGAUUUGUGCAGUUUGACAAUGAAGAGUCUGCACAAAAUGCUAUCAAAAAGUUGAAUGGCAUGUUGAUAAAUGAUAAAAAAGUCUAUGUUGGACUCUUUGUUAGGCGCCAAGCAAGGGCUCAAGUAAAUGAAUCACCAAAGUUCACUAAUGUGUAUGUGAAAAACUUUUCUGAAACAUAUACUGAUGAAGAUCUUAAGCAGCUCUUUAGCACCUAUGGUCCAAUAACCAGUGUUGUGGUCAUGAAAGACACAGAUGGGAAGUCUAGAUGUUUUGGUUUUGUGAAUUUUGAAAGUCCAGAUUCAGCAGUUGCUGCCAUUGAAAGGUUAAACGGAACCGCAGUCAAUGAUGAUAAGGUUUUAUAUGUAGGUAGGGCUCAGCGCAAAGCCGAAAGAGAGGCAGAAUUGAAAGCUAGAUUUGAGCGGGAAAGAAUGAGAAAAUAUGAAAAAUUACAAGGUGCUAAUUUGUACGUGAAAAAUCUCGAUUAUAGCAUCAAUGAAGAAAACUUGAAGGAGUUAUUUUCUAAGUUUGGAACAAUAACAUCUUGCAAGGUGAUGCUUGAACCAAAUGGGCAUAGCAAGGGCUAUGGUUUUGUUGCCUUUUCAACUCCCGAGGAAGGAAAUAAAGCAUUGAAUGAAAUGAAUGGAAAGAUGAUUGGACGUAUGCCCCUGUAUGUAGCUGUGGCCCAACGCAAAGAAGAGAGGAAGGCUCUUUUGCAGGCUCAAUUUUCUCAAAUGCAAGCCCUAGGUGCAAUUACACCUUUUCAUGGGGGAAUCCCAGGAUAUCAUCCAGGGGCACCAAGCCUUUCCCCUCAACAGUUGUAUUUUGGUCAAGGGCCAAAUGGUCUUGUACCACCUCAGCCAACGGGAUAUGGUUUCCAGCAGCAACUCCUGCCAAACAUUCAUCCUGGUGUUGCUCCAAAUUUCUUUAUGCCAUACCACCCACAAAGACAGGCCCCUCCUUCGCAAAGAAGGGAUCCUCGAAGAUUUGGAAAUCUCCAACAGGUGCACCAUAACCAGAUGUUGCAUCCUAACUCCAACCAAGGGUUUAGAUACAUGGAGAAUGGUCGAAAUGGAAUGGAUCCGUCAGUAAUUCCCCAUGGUAUGGGGGGUCCAAUGAUGCCAUUGCCCUUUGAUGGUUCUGGAAUUUCUGCAGUUCAUACUUAUAAUCAAUAUCAUGCUGGUGCAUCGUCUAACACACUUGCCUCGGCUCUAGCUUCUGCUACCCCAGAAAAUCAGCACCUGAUGCUAGGUGAACAUUUAUACCCACUUGUGGAUGGACUUACUGCAAAUCACCAGCAGACUGCAAAGGUGACAGGAAUGUUGUUGGAAAUGGACCAGUCAGAGGUCAUCCAUCUGAUGGAGUCUCCCGAGGACUUGAAAAUAAAGGUGUCUGAGGCAAUGCUGGCCCUUCGUGAAGCUGCACCAGGUUCUGAAGAAGUUGCUGGUUCUGAAGAAGUUGGCGGUUCUGAAGAAGUUGGUGGUUCUGAAGAAGUUGGUGAUCAACUUGGCUCACUAUCAUUGAAUGAAUGAUACAAUUUCAUUCUCAGUGUCAAAGUUAUAAACUGAAUCAUACUUGAGCCAUUUUUUGGAUCAACAAACUUUAAUUUCAUGGUUUCUGGGGCCUUAUGCAGCUCCAUUUUUUUUCAUAAGAAUCUUGUUAUCUUCACCCAGGAUUAAUGAAUUGAGUCAGAACAAAGGUUGUCAUGGAUGUUUCUAGUCUUUUAUGAAUUUAUGUUAAUUUGGAUUGGAUUUGCAGUAAA